AUGGGCGAUAAUAGCGAGUGGGAGUUUGUAUUCCCAAUCAGUUGGCAAAACUUGGAGAACCCAUGCUCACAGUCACGCUAUUCUGUGCGGUCUACCAGGGAUGUGGAAAUCCGAGACCUGAAAGCUAUCAAUGCGGAGCUAAGGAAAAGUCCCUUAAACAUCGCCCAACAAGAAGUAUUCGAUGGGCUAUACUUACUAUUGAGGAGGAAUGCUAUCAAAAUGCAAGUGUUCCUACUAUGCUGGUGUUCGAGUCAGGGCGAGUCGUGCCGGGCAGCGGAUGAGGGUAGCAGCAGAAAGAAAAAGACCCAGAGCCCAGGAGAGCUGUGGAUGCCUGAGCAGGUGCGCACUCUGCGAGGGUUAAAUCAGCUUAUCACAGAGGACAUUGCCACCUUCUGGACGGCUGUAUACCCGGAGCAGGAGUUUUGCAGCUGUAUCUCAAAGGUCCCAUCCCGUCUCCUGGAGAACCCGAUCUACUGUCGUGACAUGGACAUCAUGGCAGUGAUCAGUGACAUCCUGGGCACGCUAUGCAUAGACUACAACCGCCUGUUAGACAUCACUACCAUUGUCACCAGUCUGGUACCUAAAUGCUCUCACAUGCCUGUGCCUGCUGUUCUCGUCCUGCAAGCCAUGGCCAAGAAGAACAAGCACAUCGCCAAUAAUGUGGUGUCUGAAAUCGUGCGCGAGAUGUCGCGACAUGACCCCAGCAGCAUGCAAACAGACACCGCUGGAGUCAAGUACACAUGCGAGUUCCUCAAGGAGCUGUCAGAGAAAAUGCCGGAGGCCACCUUCAACUCCAUCAGCUCUGUCCUGCCCCACUUGGAUGGAGAGUCGGCGACCUUUCGAUCCACCAUCCUGUAUAUGAUCACCCGUGUACAGAGCCUUUACCUCUCGCAGCUUGACAAACGGGCGGCCGAAGAUGACGAUGCAGGGGCUGACAAAGGUGUGCGUGCACGCGAUGAGUUCCUUGGUAUUCUCCUCGAACGGCUCCAUGAUGUGAAUGCGAAUGUGCGGAAACGCUGCAUUGACAUGUGGAUAUACUUGGUCGAACAGAAAUGCGUGCCCCUGACAUUCUGGGACGAGAUUAUCACUGGACUCAAAGCACGCACGUCCGACCGCACCAAAUCGGUGCGCCAGAAUGCGCUGAAGGCCCUGGGCGUGUUCAUCAUACAGAACCCCUACGGAAACAGUCUACAGCUGAGUAUACUCAAGGAAGGGCUGGCAAAAGAAGACUUCAAAUUGCGAGAGUUGAAGGCUGCACUCGACACCCAACAGGAAUCAGAGAAGCCUGAGGAGGACGCAAACGACGCCGAUGCGAAUGACGACAACGACAAGGAGGACCACGUACCAACUGCGUUGGAAAAGGAGAUUGCCGCACACGAGAAAGUAUUCCUGUACUUCAACGGAGCGGUGUCAUUCACGAAUCAAAUACACUCUAUGGCACCGGUUAUGGUCCAGUUGCUGGCCUCUAAAGACGUGUCCGAUGUCAAAGAAGUGAUUGAGCUGAUUCAAGUGUUGCAUGAUUUCGGCGUGGAAGCGAUCGUUCGGCCGGAGACAAACGAGGCCGACCCCCUGAGAACGAUGUUGAUGCAAAUCAAGUCACAGGACGCCGAUGUGCGAAAGAAAGUCAUUGAAACAUACGAGAAGGUACACCUGCCCAUGACAGAAGACAUGGACCCACGCGUAUAUAUCACCGUGGUAGUCAAAAAUCUCAUCGAAAUGGCUAUCAAUGCGUCUUUGGCGGAUCUCGCUUGUCUGAAAGACCUGGUCAAAGAACUGCAGCACCCCAAAGUGCGCAAGAUCCCGCCGGGUGUGGUUAAGAUGAUGUGGGAUGUGUUUACGCUCAAAGUACCAAACACAACCCAGGUGCACGCUAGGUCUGCGCUGAUUAUGCUGAGCUUCUUGGUAGAGUCGGAUGCGGAAUCGCUCAGGAAUAACCUCACCACACUGCUAGAUAUUUCCUUUGGCGCCCGGGGACGUCAGGACCCUUUGCUCGCGCAGUACGCGUGUUUUGCAUUGAUGCAUCUGCGGCAAAAUAAUGACAACACACAACGCCUUCCACACGGCGACCGGAUCUUCAGUGCUAUCUCCGAUUACCUCCUUGCCGGUUGCUCUAUAGACAUGGAUCCAUCGAGACAACACACACACUCAGAGUGGUUCAGCUCAGCGCAGGCCUGUAUCAAUCUGCUUUACCAUCUGUGCGACACUCCCGCCGACGUCUCCUGCGCAAUCAUACGCGGCAUGACAAAGCAGUUGGACCAGGCCUCCUCCAAGUACGUAACCGUAAAGAAAGAAGAAGAAGUGCCGGAGCAAAUUGACGACGAUGCUGCCCCAUGCACUCCCAUACCUCAGGCCAAGCUCCUGGCCAUCUCGUCCAAUGCAAGCGGUAUAGCUAAGGUCAUACUCGCACGCCUGUUGUUUACUGUUGGGCAUACGGCAUUCAAACAGCUAGUGUUGUGUGAGGAGAUUGAACUGACGCUCAAGAGGAGACAUCAGGCGGCAAAGGAGCUGCUAGAACAACGCAAGAAAGAGAGCGCGGCCCACGACGAAGACGAUGACAUGGUAGAAGACCUGGGUCUCCAAGCGGAAGAUGCGGAGACUGAGAAAAUUGCUGAGAUCAUUGAAAGCGAGCUCGUCGCAGGUGACGGGAGUUUGCUAGCGGCCUUCAAACCCUUGAUCAUCACUACCUGCCGCACCAGACACAGUGAUCCUUUAUUGGGGCCUAUUGCAGCGCUAGCAAUGUGCAAGUUCAUGUGCGUGUCGCAACAGUUCUGUCAGGACCAGCUACAGGUGAUCUUCACACUUCUGGAGAAGAGCAAGCAGGCGCUAGUACGAAGCAAUGUAAUGAUCUCUCUUGGAGAUCUAGCACAACGUCAUCCAAAUCUCGUUGAACCGUGGACCGCAAAGCUGUACGAACGAUUGAGAAAGGAUCCGGUCAUCAGUGUGCGAAAGAACACCUUGCUGGUGCUCACCCACCUCAUUCUCAACGAUCAGAUCAAAAUCAAGGGGCAGAUCAGUCAUAUAGCGGUGUGUCUGGAAGAUGAGGACUUGUGCAUCCGAUCUCUGGCCACCUUGUUCUUCUCAGAGCUCGCUAAGAAGGAGAACGCUGUCUACAACAUCCUGCCAGAUAUAAUCAGCAAACUGUCCAGUAAAAAAGAAUCGAUACCGAUUGAGAAGUUCAGGCGGAUAAUGGAAAAACUACUCACAUACAUCGAAAGGGACAAACAGUCCGAAUCCCUUAUCGAGAAACUGUGCAAGAGAUUCGAAUCCACCUACGAGUACAGGCAAUGGCGUGACUUGGCUUUCUGCCUCACAAAACUCAAGUUCACGCAAAAGGGCACGGAAAAGCUCAUCCAGAAUGAGAAGUGCUACAUAGAUAAGAUGGGCGAUGAAACUGUAUACAAAUGUUUCAAGGAUAUAGUCGCUCGGGUGAAGAAAAGCAAGCCCGAGACUAGGCCGGAGCUGGAGGAGUACGAAUUACGACUUGAGGCUAAACAUAAAGGGGAUGCCGAGCUGACCACAGAGCAAGGGGACGAGGCCUAUAUGGACACUACCGAAGACACGCAACUCAAAACUGAGCAGACGGCCACGGACAGCCCCUCCGCUCCAGAGAAAGCGGAUAUGGAUGUCGAGGCUUCACAAGGCUUCAACGAUCUUACACAGACCCAACCCCCAGAUAUCCUCUCCACGCAGGCACUGGCGGAAGACGUGAUCAUGCAAGACGCUGUGCCAAGCGAAACAACCUACACGCCACAGACUGCCGUGAAAAGGCAACUGCCAGUGUCUUCUGAUGACGAGGACAUAUAUAUGGUAGAUGCCACUCAGCCCGAGAAGGCAAAUGCAAGUCCGACCGACGCCUUCGAUGGCGAGCUGGAAAACAGGAAUCCAAAUAUAGCGUCGGUACUCGAGACGGAGAAAAGGCCGACACGAACUCGGCGCACCCGUAACACGCGUGGUAGCGUCAGGUAAACUACCCGACGAUCUAUAGCUAAUGAAAUAAACAAUUAAACACCAUGGUGUACGG